CGUGAUUUCGAACCCGGGGAAAACACCCAUAACAGAUUAAGACUGUACAGUAAUAACAACACACACAACUAAAAUCCGCUUGUUUUCUCGCAUUCUACAGUUUUCGGGGAUUUACAUUCUUGAAACUGAGUGUACACCUGUUCUCCAAAAUUAAGAAUACCUGAAAUAGUCAGAAUGCGGUGUUUUGUGCAGUAACAUGACAGUGAAGAAUGUAGUGUUGCAGUCUGAUCUGACAAGCACAUGUGAGUGAAGUGAGCAUUUAAUGAUGAUACGAAUAACACCAAAGAAAACCUUAUAUUAACGCAAGCGAAGUGGCAAAAAAAAGAGAAGAAAACCAAGAUUCAGUAAACCAAAUCAACAGGAGACAUUCAUAAAAAAAAAAAAAACUAAAAAACUACGGGGGGAAAAUAUCACCCGAUAAAAUAAAAUUAAAUACCCGUAUUUAACAUGUACUCGCAGCCUCUAAACCCGGACUCGUACAUGGCACAAGUUCGAGGCACGACGAUCUCGGAAAACAAUCACAUCCAGACCAUCGAAUUCGUUGUGCCAAUACAGGUAUCUCAGGACGCACCGAGACAUGAAGAUCUUAAGCAGAUGCUGGACAGCAACAAGGAUGGCCUCAAGUUGGAGGCGAUGAAACGAAUCAUUGGGAUGGUGGCAAAAGGGCGUGAUGCUUCAGACCUAUUCCCAGCAGUUGUCAAGAAUGUAGUGAGUGCCAACUUAGAGGUGAAGAAACUUGUGUAUGUGUACCUGGUGCGUUAUGCAGAAGAGCAACAGGACUUGGCCCUCCUGUCUAUCUCCACCUUCCAGCGUGCUCUUAAGGACCCCAAUCAACUGAUUCGAGCAUGUGCUCUACGUGUUUUGUCCAGCAUCCGUGUGCCAGUCAUUGUCCCUAUCAUGAUGCUAGCAAUCAAGGAUGCUGUGAGUGACAUGUCUCCUUAUGUUCGAAAGACGGCUGCACACGCCAUCCCAAAGCUUUACAACCUUGACCCAGAACAAAAGGAGGAAUUGAUACAAGUAAUUGAGAAAUUGCUCUCAGACAAGACAACUCUUGUGGUUGGGUCAGCUGUGAUGGCUUUUGAAGAGGUGUGUCCAGAAAGAAUUGAUCUCAUCCAUAAGAACUACAGGAAGCUAUGCAACCUCUUAGUGGAUGUUGAGGAAUGGGGUCAGGUCAUCAUCAUCAACAUGCUGACCCGAUAUGCACGUACCCAGUUCAUUGACCCCAAUGCUGGGGAAGGUUUAGAGGAGAAAGAGAAGCCAUUCUAUGAGGAUGAGCAAGAGGAACCAGAAGAUGCAGACACCUUAUCAAAGAGGCCUAAAACAAUGGACCCUGACCACCGCCUCCUCCUCCGAAACACAAAACCCCUCCUGCAAAGUCGUAAUGCAGCUGUUGUUCUUGCUGUUGCGCAACUGUAUCAGCAUAUUGCUCCACGUGCUGAGGUGUCGCAGGUGGCCAGGGCUUUAGUCAGACUCCUGCGUUCUCACCGUGAGGUCCAGGCUGUAGUCCUAACUAACAUAGCAUCCAUGUCCACACGUCGAAAGGGUAUGUUCGAGCCAUAUCUGAAAAGUUUCUUUGUCCGCUCCAGUGAUCCUACUCAUAUUAAGGCUUUGAAACUUGAGGUUCUGACAAACCUUGCAACAGAUGCUAACAUAUCUGUAAUACUGCGAGAGUUUCAAACAUACAUUGGAUCUUCUGAUAAGGAGUUCGUUGCUGCUACAAUCCAGGCCAUUGGAAGAUGUGCCUCAAACAUAAGAGAAGUUACGGACACCUGUCUUAGUGGCCUUGUGUCACUUCUCUCCAACAGAGAUGAGUCUGUUGUGGGUGAGAGUGUUGUAGUGAUCCGGAAGUUGCUGCAGAGUGAGACAGUUGGCCACAAAGACAUCAUUAGCCACAUGGCUCGGCUUGUGGAUAACAUCAAGAUCCCCAUGGCCAGGGCAAGCAUCCUUUGGCUCCUGGGAGAGUACUGCGACAAGGUGCCCAAGAUUGCUCCCGAUGUGCUUAGGAAGAUGGCCAAGACAUUUAUAACAGAGGAGGACAUUGUAAAGCUGCAGAUCCUGACUCUAGCCACGAAGCUGUAUCUGACAAACCCUAAACAGACUCGUCUUCUCUGCCAGUAUGUGUAUAACUUGGCAAAGUAUGACACCAAUUAUGAUAUUCGUGACAGGGCUAGGUUAACAAGAGCUCUUGUGUUUCCAUCACAAGGACACGAAGAUAACAAACUUGCUAAGCACGCAAAGAAAAUAUUUUUAGCAACCAAACCACCUCCAGUUCAACAGUCAAGUUUUAAAGAUCGGGACCAAUUCCAGCUAAGCACACUCUCUCACUUCAUCAAUGCCAGAGCCAGUGGUUACCAGGACCUUCCUCCAUUCCCUGAUGAUGCCCCAGACCCAAGUGUUCGCAAUGUAGAGAUGCCAGCACCAGUCACACCAGUCUUCAAGUCUGCUCAUCAAAAGAAGAAGCCGCAGAAGGUGAAGUCGUUCUACUCUGAUGAAAGCUCACCAGAAGAUGAGAGUGAUGAGGAGGAGAGUGAGAGUGGAAGUGAGAGCGAUAGUGAAAGUGACAGCAGUGAAAGUGACAGCUCAGAGAGCAGUAGUGAGGAGGAGAGUGAAUCUGAGAGCGAUGAUGAUGAGGAUGAAAAGCAGAGGACAAGAGGGAAGGCCAAGAGAAAGUCUGGGGGUGGAGGUAGAAAGCGGGAAGCAUCAGAGUCAUCAGGUAGUGAAGAAUCGGAAUCAGAAUCAUCAGAAUCAGAGUCUGAGUCAUCCUCUUCAGAGAGUGAAUCAUCAAGUGAUGAAGAAUCAGAGAAUUCUGAGUCAUCAGAUGAAGAUACCAAGAAGAAGAAAUCAAAAGAGAAGAUGAGUAAUAAGAGCAAAGCCACACAAGGAGGAGGGAACCGCACAAACUUAGACCUCCUCCUCGACCUCGAUGACAUUCCUCCAGCUAUGGACACUCCACUGCUUACUCCUUCCCUGGGAGGUCUCCUGACACCUACUCCGACAGCUCAGCCUGCCCAACCAUUACCUCCUGGGGCAUCUAUUCAACCGGCCUCAGCAAAGUUUGUACCCACAACUACUCAUGAACUCCUUAAUAGGUUUACUGGAGUUGGACUGUCUGUGGGAGCACGUUUCACCCGAUCGCCGCACCUCUAUUCACCCAAAAUGACAUCAGUAGAACUCACUUUCACAAACAAUGGAACUGAAGAAAUCCGUGACAUUAGUAUUGGCAGGAAGAAACUAGCACCAGGAAUGUCACUUCAUGAGUUUGCUGGCAUUGCGGUACUAAAUGCUGAUACAACACUCUAUGGCACUCUUGGUGUGGACUUCAAUGACACUACCCAGCCAGCAGUGUUUGAUCUGAUUGCUGGGGGACGUACAUUUAGCAUUAGUGUUACUGCUCCGAUUGGUGAACUGAUGACUCCACUGGCAAUGAGCGAAGCAGACUUCAAUCUGAACCAGGGAAAGUUAAGAGGAAUGAAUGAAUUGAGUGGGACAGCAAAGCUUCCAAGUGAACAGAAGAACAUCAAGGCUCUUGUUGACCAUGUGUAUGAGAUUGCCAACCUCCUACAGGUGCAGAGUUCAAGUGACAAUGUGUUGAAGUUUGGAGGUCAGACGGUUUCAGGGAAAGUUUUGGUGCUUCUGAGCUUGACCGUCCCAGAGGAGACCGCUGAGUGCUCCAUCACCAUCAAUUGUGAGAAGAUGGUCGUUUCAUCCAUGCUUCUGAAAGAGUUGCAGUCAGCUUUAACAAAGGACUGAAAGACAAUCUGUGGAAACAUAGUAUUAGGGUUAGCCAUUUGCUAGUGGAACAAGAUUGCUUUUUUGUUUAUCAUCAUUACUGUCAUAUUUUCAUUUUUGUUUUUAUAGUAAAACUGAAGUUUUCUCAUUAUUGCUAUCAUUAUUCCUGUUCCUGAUCUUAUUCCUCUUCCUUAAAUUUAUCCUUUCUUUCUUUCUCACUUCCUUCCUCCACUUCUCUCUCUCUCUCUCUUUCCUAUUUUGCUUUGAUAACUAUUAAAUGUUCCUAAAAAUAAUGCAAGCAAGUGUUUAUUGUAUGUAAUCAUGCAGUUGUUGGAAGGUUGAAUAAAAUCAAUUUUGGUCCCUCUAAAAAGCAGGUAGUAUAUAAAGUGCGUUGAUAGUUAUGGAGAAAAUGUGUAUAUAAUUGAUAUUUAUAUGGGAAAAAGUUAAAAAGUUGUUAAUUCUUGUCAAAAUUCAUUUAUGAGAUAUGAAUUAUUUAAGAAACUACAUAAAGGUAUAUUAUACACAAUGUAUGUUUUAAUUUUUAUUGAUAUAACUUAUUACUAUUAUUGAUAUUAUUUUUCUAGUAAUUAUUAUUAUUAUUAUUAUUAUUAUUAUUAUUAUUAUUAUUAUUAUUAUUAUUGUAAUAAUUUUUACUUUUGUAAUUUUUAUUGUUGUUUAUUAAUUAUUAUUGAUAUUAUGACUUGAUUAUUGAUUGAUUGUUGAUUGAUUACUGUGAAUACAAUUAUUGAUAGUACCAUUCUUACUGUUAUUUAGCUGCAGAUUAAUAUAGUAAUAUUGUUUGAUGUACUAUAAGCUGAAAGGUUUGUAAGCAAGUAUGAAAGCAUGAAAUGAGAAUAGACAAAAACAACUGACAGGGACCUUGUCACAAGAUUAAAGUUGUAAGGCAGUAUAUGUACUAUAUGUGUAUGUAUACAGUAUAUAUGAGGAUUAUUUAUUUCAUUUAGUCAUUACAUUUUUCUUCUUUUUCUUACAAAAUAUGAAGGUCUUAUAUGAGGCCUUUUUGAAAAUAGAACCAAUAAGAUAUAAUUGAAUUAAAGUGAGAGUUUACAGUGUUUCUAGGUUCACAAAAAUACAAAACUUGGGGUUUACUUUGUUUUCAGGCAUCAUGCAUUUUGCAUGUAAAAUUUGCAAUAUCUUAUUUUUAUCCUUACCCCAGAUUAUAUUUUCAAAUUAUUUUUAAUAGAGAAGAAACUAGAAAAUCAAUAACUAAUGCCUCUGCUCUUAUAUACCAUUACAUGCUUUUCAUUGGUGUGUUGCUUUCAGCUGUUUGGCCUUGGAAAGUAGCAUAUGAUAUCAAGGCUUGUGAUGUCUCUCAAAGUGUACAUGUUGGUCAGUUUCAGUGUUUCUGUCCCAGUUUGCCUGUGUUGAUUAGAUUCUGAAAAUCUCCCCCUUUCUUAACAGGUGUCAAGUGAACUGAUUUGGCAUGUAAGUGAAAUUUAUGCAUAUAUAAUUGUUUUCAUAAUCUUGUACUAUGAGCAUAGAUAUUUAUAAAAUAUAUUUUAUCAUGAAUACACAGUAUAUAUGAGGAUUAAAUCAUUAAGUACAUGGAAAAAAUGUGGAUACGAAAAAACAGUGGUUACUGAAUUUCAACAUUGCUUUCAGUGAAGUGUUCAUUUCUGUUUUGCUCAUUAUGUGAGACUAGAUUUUGAUAAUUUUUCAAUUGUGCUUUUUUUUCUAUUUUUCAGUUUCUAGUAUUCUGUAAAUGCAAAGAGAAAAUAAUGCCUCAUUAUAAUUGCAUAGUCAAGUAUGUAAUGCAUCAUAUUUGCAAACAUAAUAAAUCUCCAUGAAGCCUAAGGCCUUGACAUCGCACCAAGAAAGAUUGCAUCAAACAUUAUCAAUCCUGAAGUUUAAGAUGAGGUAUAAAAAGAAUGUAAAGCUACGGAAUGGUCUCCUAAGGUAACUUACUGCAGUGACAAUUGAUAAGAAAUGUAAUUUUUGUUUGUCCAAUUUUGCAAUCUCAGAAGGUAAAUAAAAUUGUGUAAACUGAUUGUAUAGAAAUCUCAUUAAUAUAUAUAUAUUUUUUUCAAUUUUCUCUCAUCAUUCCAAGAUGAAUGUUGUACAACUUUAUUUGUGUGGAUUCUAUUUUAGUAAGUUUAUUAUGAACAUAAUUAAAUUGUGCACAAUGUGUUCUUUAUCUUUGUUUGAUUAUUUGUUUGUUUAAUAAAAGUGGUGUUGACAUGAU